GAGAACGUAGCGCCUAGUGCAAAUGCUGUCGAGUACAAGCCCGGAGAAUGUUGAUUUUGAUGACCUUGUACUCAGUCGGAGCACUCUGGCAAAUGGUACGAUGAGCGACAGAGGGCAGCCAAAACGCGGAUAUAUACAUGCCGAGGCAGACGCCCUUAGUAGCGACAACACAGGGCAGAGGGCAGCGUCGGGGCCAAUUUCAUCGAAGGAGAACUGCACGCUGCUUGAGGACUUGGCCAUACUAGUCGAUACGGACCAGCCGGUGACACUCGAAACUUUCCGCAGACGAUCUUCUACCGGAAGGGGCAGCGUCGACAACAUCAAGACGCCGCUGUAUUCUCAAUUGAGACCGUCGGGGGAUGAGGCGGCGCCUGGAUCCAGGACAUCAGAAGACAGAGGUGACAAAGUGUACGAUGGAUACAGUGACGUCGAUGACAGGGCCUUGGAUACCGAAUUGCUGGAAGCGUAUAUUGGUUAUUGCAAAUCGGUCGAUCACGAGCCGAACAUCCAGGUCGAACCGGGGGGGAUAGCGGAUGGAAUAUUAAAUGCUAGAGGAAAUCGCUCCAAUGCCCCAGACUCGACAUACAAUCAAGAGAGGUCAAGUGUUCGGGAGCAUUCACGUUUUUGGACAAAGUACAUUGGCACAAGAUACAGCAAACGUCGCGGGUGUACGCAGUUCUGGGCGUGGCUGCUUAUCGGUGUCGGUGUGUUACUUUGGUUGGGUAUCUCACUCUCUUCCUUGGAGCUCAACGAGGUGCUGCACUUGGAUGCAUUCACGGUAAAGAACGUCCGAGGUACCGAAGACUUCACGUUCCUCCAUUUCCUCGAAGAAGUCGACUUUCACCUUACGUACACCGUCGAAACUCCGAAUCCAGCCACUAGUACAAAUGCGAACUCUUCGUAUUUCAAUGCUCUAUUACUUAAUGAGUAUGAAUACGAGCACUACGUUGACGGAGAGCCAUUCGAGUAUAUUUCUGCUGGCUCCAAGAUACGAACAACGUACGCAUACUUGCCCAACACGUACAUUGACAACACCAUCAAAGAAACAAUGUACUUCGUCGUGCAGCCAUGCUUUUUGGAGCGAAAUCCGACGGUCGAUUAUUGCAAUACUAGGCAAUUACCUACCAGUGUGAGCUCGAGUGAGAAAAUCUACGAUCUCGAUCAGAAGAAAAAGAUGAAGAGCAGGGCAGUGUGGGGACAUUUCAACAUCACAAACAUGUCGCCGGCACUCACGUUUCUCUUCAUAGACGACGAGGACAGUGCAAUAGAGCAUUCUGACGCCGAUUCGGACCCCACUACAGCGACGUCUAGCAGAAGCAUCUCGAAAAACAUGAUCACGAAGACGCCACAGUUGUAG